AUGGGCGGCUCUGUUCCGACGAUUCCGGGAAAUAAAGCAGACCAUAGUCUUGCAUCCGGCUUUCGCUAUGAAGUUGCAGGUUUAUUAGGACGCAAACAAACUACUUUUCCGGGAGCCCAGCCCGUAAGCUUUGCAGCGAAACACUUGACCGAACUGCAGAGCCAGGACUAUUAUGUCUGUGAGAAGACCGAUGGCAUUCGUUGUCUCAUGUACCUAACCCACGAUGGUCCUCAGGAGGUCGUGUAUUUGAUUGACCGCAAAAAUGACUACUACCAUGUGCCUGGCCUUCAUUUCCCUGUAAAGGGCAGCGAGACAGAGUUUCAUAAAAACACUAUCGUGGACGGUGAGCUUGUGAACGAUACUCUUCCAGAUGGCACCGUUCAAAUGAAGUAUCUGGUCUUUGAUUGUAUGGUCCUCGAUGGAAAGGUUCUCAUGCAUCGAACUCUUGACAAGCGGCUUGCUUACUUCAGAGAAAACGUUUUCUUCCCCUACGAGGGACUGUACAAGAAGUACCCAGGUGAGGAAGAAUUUCUGCCGUUCAUUUUGAAAUUCAAGCAGAUGGAGCUCGGCUAUGCAAUCGAGAAAAUGUUCACUGAGGUCUUACCGAACCUGCAACAUGGUAAUGAUGGCCUGAUUUUCACCUGCCGGAAUUCACCCUAUACACCAGGUACAGAUGAGCGUAUUCUGAAAUGGAAGACUAAGAGCGAGAACUCCAUCGAUUUCCGUAUGCAUUUUCGGUUCCCAAUGGUUGAGCCGGAUUCUGACGACGAGGACGAGGAAGGAGCAUACCCGGACUACACCGCCAUGCCUCAGGUGUACCUGACUGUCUUUGGAGGAGACAAUGCUGAUGACAAAUUCAUGGGUGACCUAAGUCUAUCCCAAGAGGAAUGGGAAGCUAUGAAAGAACCCAAUGAGCCGCUCGGCGAGCGUAUCGUCGAGUGUACCCUGGACCAAGAUCACAAAUGGCGCUUUCUCCGAUUUCGUGACGACAAAAAAGAAUCAAAUCACGUGAGCGUCGCGGAGAAAGUUAUUGAAAGUAUUCAAGAUGCGGUCUCAAGGGAAGAUCUGGUUCGGCAACAAGGGCGCAUCAGAGAUGAAUGGAAGAAGCGGCAACAAGCAGCAGCAGAGGAGCAGGCCAGGCAGGAGCAGGAUGUGCGACGAUCAGCCGCUGCAGCUGCCCAAAAAGGGGGCAAGUGGACAACUGGGCGAUUUAGUGACGGACAGUGGAGCCGUUAA